GGCCGAGGAGGAGGAAGAAGGGGUGGUGGGAGGAGAAGAGGACGCUCGUGCCUCAGGAGGGCUCUGAGGGUCCCUGCCUGAAGAGAGAGAGAGGAUCCAGGCUUGGGGCAGGCGCUCUGGAAUGCAGCCCCCUUCACCACUGCUGCUGCUGCUGCUGGGUUUCUCAGUUGUCAUGACCAGAGGGCUGCUGUGUGGGAAUUUCCCAGAACCCUGCGCCAACGGAGGCACCUGCCUGAGCCUGUCUCAGGGACAAGGGGUCUGCCAGUGUGCCCCUGGCUUCCUGGGUGAGACAUGCCAGUUUCCUGACCCCUGCCAGGAUGCCCAGCUCUGCCAGAAUGGAGGCAGCUGCCAAGCCCUGCUUCCUUCCCUUGCAGGCUCCCCUAGCCCUUCCUCCCCCUCAGCCCCCAGCUUCUUCUGCAUCUGCCCUCCCAACUUCACUGGCAAGAGGUGCCAGGCCUGGCUUGGGGGCCCCUGUCCUCCCUCCUUCUGUAACCAAAGGGGCAGCUGCCAGAUCCAGCCCUCAGGCCAUCCGCAGUGCUUCUGCAGGCCUGGGUGGACAGGGGAGUGGUGCCAGCUGCAGGACUUCUGCACAGCCAACCCCUGCGCCAAUGGAGGGGUGUGUCUGGCCACCUACCCCCAGAUCCAGUGCCGUUGCCUGCCUGGCUUCGAGGGCCACGCCUGCCAACACGACAUCAACGAGUGUUUCCUGGAUCCAGGACCGUGCCCCAAGGGCACCACCUGCCAUAACACCCUGGGGUCCUUCCAGUGUCUCUGCCCCGCUGGACGGAAGGGCCCACAUUGCGAGCUCCGGGCAGGACCCUGCCCUCUCAGGGGCUGUCCCAACGGGAGCACCUGCCAGCUGGUGCCAGGGAGCAACUCCACCUUCCACCUCUGUCUCUGCCCCCCAGGUUUCACAGGCCCAGACUGUGAUGUAAAUCCCGAUGACUGUGUCGGACACCAAUGUCAGAACGGGGGUACAUGCCAGGACGGGCUGAGCAGCUACACCUGCCUUUGCCCAGACACCUGGAUAGGCUGGGAUUGCUCUGAAGACGUGGAUGAAUGUGAGGCCCAGGGUCCCCCUCGCUGCAGAAACGGGGGUACCUGCCAGAACUCAGCCGGUGGCUUUCACUGUGUGUGCAUGAAUGGCUGGGGAGGCUCAGGCUGUGAGGAGAACCUGGAUGACUGUGAGGCUGCCACCUGCACCCCAGGGUCCACCUGCAUUGACCGCGUGGGCUCCUUCUCCUGCCUCUGCCCACCUGGCCGCACAGGCCUCCUGUGCCACCUGGAGGACAGGUGCCUGAGCCAGCCGUGCCACGGGGAAGCCCAGUGCAGCACCAACCCCCUCACGGGCUCCACGCUCUGCCUGUGUCAGCCGGGCUACUCAGGGCCCACCUGCCACCAGGACCUGGACGAGUGUCAGAUGGCCCAGCAAGACACCAGUCCCUGCGAACACGGCGGCUCCUGCCUCAACACCCCUGGCUCCUUCAACUGCCUCUGCCCCCCUGGCUACACGGGCUCCCGCUGCGAGGCUGAUCACAAUGAGUGCCUGUCCCAGCCCUGCCACCCAGGCAGCACCUGCCUGGACCUACUCGCCACCUUCCACUGCCUCUGCCCACCAGGCUUGGAAGGGCAGCUCUGUGAGGUGGAGACCGACGAGUGUGCCUCGGCCCCUUGCCUGAACCAUGCUGGCUGUCAAGACCUGCUCAACGGCUUCCUGUGCGUCUGCCCACCAGGAUUCACCGGCACGCGGUGUGAGGAGGACAUCAACGAGUGUGGAAGCUCUCCCUGUGCCAACGGUGGGCAGUGCCAGGACCAGCCCGGAGCCUUCCACUGCGAGUGUCUCCCGGGCUUUGAAGGCCCGCGCUGUCAGACAGAGGUGGAUGAGUGUCUGAGUGGCCCCUGCCCCUCUGGUGCCAGCUGCCUUGAUCUCCCAGGAGCCUUCUCUUGCCUCUGCCCAUCCGGCCUCACAGGCCAGCUCUGUGAGGUGCCCCUGUGUACCCCCAACCUAUGUCAGCCCAAGCAAGGGUGCCAGGAUCAGGAGGACAAGGUUCAGUGCCUCUGCCCCGAUGGGAGCCCUGGCUGCAUCCCUGCCGAGGACAACUGCACCUGCCAGCAUGGGCACUGCCAGAGAUCCUCAUGUGUGUGUGAUGUGGGCUGGACAGGGUCAGAGUGUGAGGUCGAGCUGGGGGGCUGCAUCUCCAUGCCCUGUGCCCACGGGGGAACCUGCCACCCCCAGCCCUCUGGCUACAACUGCACCUGCCCCACAGGCUACACAGGGCCCACUUGCAGAGAGGAGGUGACGGCUUGUCACUCAGGACCCUGUCUCAAUGGUGGCUCCUGCAGCCCCAGGCCUGGCGGCUACUCCUGCACCUGCCCCCCAAGCUACACCGGGCCCCGCUGCCAGACCAACAUGGACCACUGUGCCUCUGCCCCGUGCCUCAAUGGGGGUACCUGUGUGAACAGGCCUGGUACCUUCUCCUGCCGCUGUGCCACGGGCUUCCAGGGCCCACACUGUGAGGGAAGGGUCCGCCCCAGCUGUGCAGACAGCCCUUGUAGGAACAGGGCAACCUGCCAAGACGGCCCUCAGGGUCCCCGCUGCCUCUGCCCCGCUGGCUACACAGGAGGCAGCUGCCAGGCCCUGGUGGACUUAUGUGCCCAGAAGCCCUGUCCACACAAUUCCCACUGCCUCCAGUCUGGGCCCUCUUUCCAGUGCCUGUGCCUCCAGGGAUGGACCGGGCCUUUCUGUGACCUUCCACUGUCCUCCUGCCAGAAGGCUGCUCAAAGCCAAGGCACAGAAGUGUCUUCCCUGUGCCAGAAUGGGGGCCUCUGCAUCGACAGCAGCCCCUCCUAUUUUUGCCACUGCCCUCCUGGAUUUCAAGGCAGCUUAUGCCAGGACAGAGUAAAUCCAUGUGAAUCCAGACCCUGCCAGCACGGUGCCACCUGCGUGCCUCAGCCCAAUGGGUAUCUCUGCCAGUGUGCCCCAGGCUACAGCGGACAGAAUUGCUCAAAGGAACUGGACGCUUGUCAGUCUCAACCCUGUCAUAACCGUGGGACCUGCACCCCCAAACCUGGAGGCUUCCACUGCUCCUGCCCUCCGGGCUUUGUGGGGCUGCGCUGUGAGGGAGAUGUGGAUGAGUGUCUGGAGCGGCCCUGCCACCCCGCAGGCACUGCAGCCUGCCAUUCUCUGGCCAACGCCUUCUACUGCCAGUGUCUGCCUGGACACACAGGCCAGUGGUGUGAGGUGGAGGUAGACCCCUGUCAGAGCCAGCCCUGUUCCCAUGGAGGGUCCUGCGAGGCCAAAGCAGGACCACCCCCGGGUUUCACCUGCCACUGUCCCCAGGGUUUUGAAGGCCCCACUUGCAGCCACAGAGCCCCCUCCUGCGGCGUCCAUCACUGCCACCACGGAGGCCUGUGUCUGCCCUCCCCUAAGCCCGGCUUCCCACCCCGCUGUGCCUGCCUUAAUGGCUAUGGAGGCCCUGACUGCCUGACCCCUCCGGCUCCUCAAGGCUGUGGCCCUCCUUCCCCAUGCCUCUACAAUGGCAGCUGUUCAGAGACCCCCGGGUUGGGGGGGGCAGGCUUUCGAUGCUCCUGCCCUCCCAGCUCUCCUGGGCCCCGGUGUCAGAGGCCUGGAGCAAAGGGGUGUGAGGGCAGAGGUGGAGACGGGGCCUGUGAUGCCGGCUGCAGCGGCCCAGGAGGAAACUGGGAUGGGGGCGACUGCUCCCUGGGGGUCCCAGACCCCUGGAAAGGCUGCCCCUCCCACUCCCGGUGCUGGCUUCUCUUCCGGGAUGGGCAGUGCCACCCACAGUGUGACUCGGCAGAGUGUCUGUUUGAUGGCUACGACUGUGAGACCCCUCCAGCCUGCACCCCAGCCUAUGACCAGUACUGCCGUGAUCACUUCCACAAUGGGCACUGCGAGAAAGGCUGCCACACCGCAGAAUGUGGCUGGGAUGGGGGUGACUGCAGGCCCGAAGCUGGGGACCCUGAGUGGGGGCCCUCCCUGGCCUUGCUGGUGGUGCUGAGCCCCCCAGCCCUGGACCAGCACCUGCUUGCCCUGGCCCGGGUGCUGUCCCUGACUCUGAGGGUGGGACUCUGGGUGAGGAAGGAUAGUGAUGGCAGGGACAUGGUGUACCCCUAUCCUGGGGCCCGGGCCGAAGAGGAGCUGGGAGGAUCCUGGGACCCCUCUCAUCAGGAGAAGGCAGCGUCUCAAACACAGCCCCUGGGCAAGGAGACAGACUCCCUCAGCACUGGGUUUGUGGUGGUGAUGGGUGUGGAUUUGUCCCGCUGUGGCUCUGACCCCCCUGCAUCCCGAUGUCCCUGGGACCCUGGGCUCCUGCUCCGCUUCCUCGCCGCCAUGGCCGCAGUGGGGGCCCUGGAGCCCCUGCUGCCUGGACCCCUGCUGGCUGCCCACCCUCGUGCAGGCACUGAGCCCCAUGCCAACCAGCUUCCUUGGCCUGUGCUGUGCUCUCCAGUGGCCGGCGUGCUUCUCCUGGCCCUUGGGGCUCUUCUCGUCCUCCAGCUCAUCCGUCGGCGGCGCCGAGAGCACGGGGCCCUCUGGCUGCCCCCUGGUUUCACUCAACGGCCCCAGACUCAGCCGUCUCACCGGCGACGCCGGCCGCCUCUGGGCGAGGACAGCAUCGGCCUCAAGGCUUUGAAGCCAGAGGCAGAAGUUGAUGAGGAUGGAGUUGUGAUGUGCUCAGGCCCCGAGGAGGGAGAAGAGGGUGAAAAAAUGACCCUACACUCCAAGUGCCAGCUCUGGCCUCUGAGUAGAGACUGCAGGGAGCUCCCUCAGACAGCCAUGCUGACUCCCCCCCAGGAGUCAGAGAUGGAGGCCCCGGAUGUGGACACCCGUGGACCUGAUGGGGUGACACCCCUGAUGUCAGCAGUCUGCUGUGGGGGAGUGGAGUCCAGGACAUUCCAGGAGGCAUGGCUGGGAGGCCCUGAGCCAUGGGAACCUCUGCUGGGUGGAGGGGCCAGUCCCCAGGCUCACACUGUGGGCACUGGGGAGACCCCGCUGCACCUGGCUGCCCGAUUUUCUCAGCCAACCGCUGCCCGCCGGCUCCUUGAGGCUGGAGCCAACCCCAACCAGCCAGACAGGGCAGGGCGCACCCCCCUUCAUGCCGCUGUGGCCGCUGAUGCUCGGGAGGUCUGCCAGCUCUUGCUCCGGAGCAGACAGACUGCGGUGGAUGCACGCACAGAGGACGGGACCACAGCACUGAUGCUGGCUGCCAGGCUGGCAAUAGAGGACCUGGUUGAAGAACUGAUUGCAGCCCGAGCAGACGUGGGGGCCAGAGACAAAUGGGGAAAAACGGCGUUACACUGGGCCGCCGCCGUGAACAACGCCCGGGCCGCCCGCUCCCUUCUCCAGGCUGGCGCAGAUAAAGACGCCCAGGACAGCAGGGAGCAGACGCCGCUGUUCCUGGCGGCCCGGGAAGGAGCGGUGGAGGUAGCCCAGCUACUGCUGGGGCUGGGGGCGGCCCGAGGGUUGCGAGACCAGGCCGGGCUGACUCCUGGGGACAUCGCACGCCAUCGCAAUCACUGGGACCUGCUGACUCUACUGGAAGGGGCGGGGCCACAAGACACGCGUCACAAAGCCACGCCGGGCAGUGGAGAGGGCGCUUUCCCGCGCACAAGGACCGCGUCGGGGAGUGCUCAUCAUCGUGGGGGCGGAGCUCUACAGCGCAGCCGGACUCUUUCAUUGGGAGCUGGCCCACGAGGUAGCGGGACCUGUCCGCAAGCCCAGACUCUGCACGUUGACAUCACCGCGAACAGGGGCGGAGCCUAUCCUCUUUGUCGGAGCCUAUCGGGAGGAGGAACAGGAGGAGGCCCGCCCCACAGAGGCCGUAGAUAUUCUGCAGGCAUGCGCGGGCCUCGGCCCAGUCCCGCGAUAGUGCGGGGAGGUUCCGGGGUCGCUGCCCGGCACCGGGAAGGGACGUCGGCGAAUGGCUGGCCCUGUGAUUGGGUAGCUCUAGGAGCCUGCGGCCCCGCCCCCAGCACUCCUAUUCCGCCUCCUUCUACUCCGUUCGCAGAGUGGGGAUCCGCUCAAGCUGCCUGGGGUUUCCCAGGCCACCAAGUGAUGCUCUUAGAUCUUGGAGACGAGGACCAAAAGUAGAAGGCUACGUGGGAGCGGGGUGGGGGUAGUGCAUCCUAAAAAUGAGUACCCAUUAAAUGACAUUCGGGGGUGCCGGGGAGGAUCUAGAUUUUGAGAUCCCGAGCCCCAAAAGUAAGGUCAUGAGUUUUUUCCCUCCCACAAUGAGUGUGUGGUGCUCCCCAGAAUAGGAAUCGUUUCCACGUGGAGACGCCGCAGCUCUGAAAAGAGGGUUUAAGGUACUGGAUGAGGUGGACUCAAUCUCUCUCCCAGAAAGUAACGGUGAGGGGCUACAGGAUAGAGUGGAGUCAGAGUGAGUAUCCUUAAAUUGGAACCAAACUUGAUGCAAGCGCAAAGGAUGUAAGAUAUUCCUUCUUGUAUAUGGUUCACCCCUUUUUCCCACUGCCCACAAACAACUGACAAAUAUUUAUUGAGCACCUAAAAUGUGCCAGGCACUAUGUAGGCUCCAAAGAGGGGGGGAAGGGUCACUCCAGCUGAUGACUCCUUGCACUCUCCCUACUACCUUCCAAAAAAGAAACUCCACUGCAGGGAUGAAGCACCACUCUUCUAGCCACCAGUAUUCCUAUUUAAGUGCCCCAAAUCACCACCUUCUAAUAAAGUUGAUGUGAAGUGUUA